AUGGAGGAACAUGGGUUUUAUCAAUGCUUUGAAAAGAUACUAUCAGCAACCGACGUAAAUCGCAACUUGGAGAUACCCAAAGGGGCGCGUUUAUUGCCUGAGGGAGACGAGGUCAUGUUUGUAAGUGACCAAGGUGGAAGGAGGUAUCAAUUUAGGGCUUCAGUGAGGAGCGGAGGGAGGCGUUCUAUGACGCACCAGUGGCACUAUUUUGCAAUGGCAAGGACUCUUAGAAUUGGCGACAUUCUAAGACUUUACCGUUCAGAUUAUGUGAAUGAGUAUGUUGUGGAGGUGAAACGCCCUUUUGUCAUUCUGGGUGACAAUGACAGAGCUUGUGAUGUUGAUGAACAGGCCAAAGAAUUUAAGGAUGAUUCCAGAUUAUGGCGCCAAUGA